AUGCGGCCACUGCAGAGGCUGAGAGUUCCAAUUCGGAGAGUCGACGCUCUGCCAGCCUCUCGCCGGACGUUUGCGACGGCAGUAGAUGCGCCUGCAAAUGGACGAGAACGCGUCGUGAUACUUGGAUCUGGCUGGGCAGGCUAUGUCCUUUCUAAGAGGCUCGAUACCCGCAAAUUUGCCCCGCUCGUCGUCUCUCCCAGGUCAUACUUUGUCUUCACUCCCCUCUUGAACGACGCUGCUGUUGGUACCCUUGAGUUCCGAACAGCACUCGAACCAGUCCGCCGCAAGAACUCAGGCGUCAGCUUCUUACAAGGGUGGGCGGACGACGUCGAUUUCGCCGAGAAGACCGUCACAGUCGAACCGAGUGCUCUAGAUCCAGAUGUGGGUCAUGCGCUGACCGGCGAGCGGCAGGGGAACCGCUCCAUACAGCCUGAAGGUCGUACCGUACCGACCUUCAAAGUCGGCUAUGACAGGCUUAUCAUCGCUGUGGGCUGCUACAGUCAGACUUUUGGUACCAAGGGUGUCAGAGAGAAUGCCAUGUUCUUGAAGGAUGUCGGAGAUGCUCGAAAGAUCAGGCGGCGGAUCCUGGAGCUGUUUGAGAUGGCCGUGCUACCUACCACGAGUGAAAAGGUCAAACAGGACCUGCUACACUUUGCUAUCGUAGGAGGUGGCCCUACUGGCAUGGAAUUUGCUGCUCAACUAUGGGACCUUGUCCAUCAAGAUCUGUGGAAGCUUUACCCUGGCCUCACUGACUAUGUCAGGAUAUCUCUUUACGAUGUGGCGCCAAAGGUCCUCCCAAUGUUUGAUGCCUCUCUUGCCGAUUAUGCUGUCAGAAACUACAAACGUCAAGGCAUUGAGAUCAAGACCUCCCAUCACGUCGAAGAACUCAGACAAGGCUUUCCCAAUCAAGUAACCGACCAUCCUGAAGACAGAAUGAAAGGCGGGGUCUACACUCUGCGAACCAGGGAAGAGGGAGACAUUGGCGUUGGCAUGUGCGUAUGGAGCACGGGAAAUAUGAUGAAUCCCUUUGUCCGAAAAGCUCUAAACACAGUGCACAAAUACCCGUCCAAGUCGGCCGAAAUAACGACCGGCGAAACCAAGCUUGCAGAUCAAAAACAAUGGAUCAUCGAACGAGACGCCAAAAGCGGAUCCAUCCUUGUUGACGACCGCCUCCGAGUCCAGAUCCAAACCCAAUACAAGGACCGCGAAGCCUUCAUGAAAGAUGUCUAUUGCCUCGGCGACGUGGCCCGGCUUGCUUCUGGCCCCCUUCCCGCUACCGCGCAAGUCGCCAACCAGCAAGCACUCUGGCUAGCCAAGAGACUCAACAAGGGUGAUCUUGACACACAGACUUUCGGUUUCCACAAUCUGGGCGUCAUGACUUAUAUUGGCAAUGCGAAGGCCCUCUUUCAAGGUGGGUAUACCAAUCGUGAAGGUAAAGCCAAGGGACUUAAAGGAUGGCUGGCGUAUUUGCUUUGGCGUGGAGCGUACUUGACCAUGACGUUGAGCUGGAGGAACAAGAUACUCGUGCCGAUGUAUUGGAUGGUGAAUCGUGUUUUUGGCCGGGACAUUACGAGGUUUUAG